UGUCAACCGCUAGCAACCGUAAAAGCUGCGUUUGCGGGUGGUAGCGGGGAAACAUGUCAGACCCUUAAUCAGUUGUAAAUUUUGGGUUCUCCGGUUUUGGAGACUAUUUAUUUAUGUUCAGAAAUCUAAUUAAAUGUUAUUUUUUCUUUAUAUAUAUAUAUGUCAACUUUGAUAGAGCUCGGUUUAGUUUCAAUUCAAAUAGGAUAACUUUUUUUUUUUUUUAAAUUGACAGUUCGGUUAGGUAUAAGAAGAUCUUGAGUGAGACCGGAUGGUGGUGAAACCGAAUUGUUCUUGCUUUUGCAUCCUACUAAUUACUAAACCGGGUUGGCUGAUGUUUACGUUACACAAAUGAGACGAGACUUUCACCGUUUUAGAGCCAAAUCUGUGUGACACUGUCCUGUCUUUGUGUACUCUUUAAGUCAAUAGUCAAAUAACACAAAGGUUGAACCGUCCUUUCAUCGGGUCGCAGAGGUUGAUGUACGUUUCAGUUAUAACAACGAAUCAAUGACGAGAAGAGAUAGAAAGAAGUACUUUUCCUUUGACCCAAAGAAAGAGUUCCGUUCCUUUUGAAAUUUGUCUUUCUCAUUCUCUCUCUGUCCCCUAUUUAUUUUACCCUCAAGAAAUCCUGUCUUCUCCUUGUCACUCUCUGUCUCUCUCAUUCCCUCAGACAGAGUUCCUCUUGCAAUGGCUUCCACUGAUAGUCUUCCUCGUUUCUUCAAAGUGUUCAUCUCCCAUUUUAGCUCAGACUCUAUGCUUAUCCCCAUCUCCUACUACGAUGAACUUCCACGUCAUCUGCCCAAGACGGUGAUUCUCCAGGGCACUGGUGGAUGCCUUUGGAAGGUAGCCAUGAGGCUGAAGCAAGAGGAAGAGGAAGUGUACUUGGAACAAGGGUGGCCCAAAUUCGUUAAGGAUAAUGCUCUCGUCGAUGGAGAUUUUAUGACCUUUGUCUAUAACGGAGACAACAUCUUCGAGGUCAGCAUCUAUGGCCUUGAUGGAUGUAAACAGGCUAGAGCAAUGGCUGAAGAAGAAGAAGAAGAAGGAGAAGGAGAAGACAGUAUCUGUGCUCUAAGCAGCGAUGACACAGAAGAUACUAAUGCUGAGUCUGAGAGCGCCAAUACAGUUCAGAGAAGCAAUGACAAAGGAAAGGCAAAAGUGGAAGCUGAUGAUGAAGAAGAAGAAGAAGAAGAAGACAGUGUUUACUCUCUCAGCAACAGCAAAGACACAGACACAGGCACUUCUUCUGAAUUCGAAAUGGCCAAUACAAUCUUGAGAAGCAAGACCAAAGGGAAGUCGAAAGAGGAAGUGAUUAAGGAGGAAUCUGAUGGCAAAGAGGACAGUGAUCAUUCUCUAAACAGUGAAGUCAAAGAGACAGACACUGGUUCUGAAUACAAGAUACCCAAGAACAAAGGAAAGAAGAAAAAGGAAGUUGUGGAGAGUUCUGACAGUGAUUAUGCUGAAGAGUUUGGUCGCUUGGAUUUGGAUUUGGAAGAGGACUCCACCAGCAGUGACAGUUCUUAUGCUCCAGAUAGUGAUGAAGACACAGCCACUCAUGUCAAACGAAAAGCAGUGACGAAAGGUUCUCAAGGAAAGUCCAAAGUGAUAAAAGAUGUGUCUGAAGUUGGGGAUACUUCUUGUGCUGUGGAACGAGUCCCAAAGACAAGGGAGAAAGUAAAGGCCAUAAUCGAAAACCCGGAGGUGUAUCUGGAUGAUCCAACGAAUAUACAUUUUGAGACAGGCGUGAAGAACAGGAAAUACGAGCUGUUGGUUCAUGCACAGCUGGUGAAAGACUACUGCCUAAGGUUUAAAGACUACAUUUACUACUUGGACCCAAAGGGGAAACUAGAGGCCAAAACAGCCAAGUGGAAGGACCAACGUGUGUGCAUCAAAAAAUGGGUAAAGAUCUGCGAUAGGAACAAACUGAAGAAACAAGACCGCGUCGUGUGCGAGCUCUUGCGUAACAAAGAUUUGGUUUACGCAGUUAAGAUCCACAUCAUCCGUGGGAAACAUUUGGUGUCAGUUUGAGAAGAAAGGUUACUUACUACUCAUCUUUUAUGGUUUCUAGUAAAUCAAAUUAGACUCUCUGCUUAUGUAAUGAGUUUCGUUUCCAUCAUCUACAAGACCUCGGAAUCAACUUUCACUCGCUUCUCUGUUUUGUUUUCACUUCCGUAUUAUAAACUUAUGUUGUUUUGGUUUGAUAUGAUCUUCAAAAUUCAAUCCAAACAUAUAUGUGAAUUGAAACUAAGAUGAACCGAUAGAUACAUGGUUUAAGCGACAAGCAAACGAAUGUGUUAUUUCCAACAUAAGGAGCGGGGAUUUGUCUACAGAGUCUUCUUGUCUUUGCCGUAAAUAUCUUCAAAGCCAUCAGCUACUCUUGCCCUUCUUUCAGCAAUCAUUUCUGAGUAAGACUGAAAUACCCAAAUUCAACAACCA